AUGGCAUCUUCUGAUCCUCAGUUGACGGCGCUUGGCCAUGUUAUGUACGUUAGUGAAGAGAUGCAAGACAAGGACGCGCGCCAGAUAGUGGAAAGUCUAGGACACCAAGGGCAGACUGUUCCUGAUGUGCCACUGGGGUUGCUGUCUGGGGGCCAGAAGGUCAGGGUGGCGCUGGCGAAGCUGUUCUGGCCACCGCCGCAGCUGCUUAUUUUGGAUGAGGUUACGAUAGUCAAAAGGGAGUCCCCGUAUAGGCUAGCGCCAGGGAUGGGCGGGGGUGAAGACGAGGCUGAAGAGGCAAGCGAUUCAGACGACCAGGCAGGGGCAGGUCCUGGGGCUGUUUACCGGCUGAGCAGAAGGCAGCUGAGGAAGCUCGAGGGCGGCAUGACGCAGUACGAGGAGACGGCGGCCAGGAGUGCAGCCAGGUUGGGCACGGCAAGGCGGUCGACGUGA